CGGAGCACCCUCCGACUAAUCCUGAAAAAAAGUACCUAAUUUUUUCUCGAGGGCUUCAUCGAACACUCGACCCUCGAUACACCCCCGACUCCUUCGCCCCAAUGCUCCCUCCUCCGCCUCCCAAUGCUACCUCCCUCCCCCACCACCGCCGUCUCCGACCACCCCUCACCCAUGCCCCUCCCCAACCCCGACGACCCCCCGCCAUCCCCAGACCCAAGCACCGCUAUAGCUCCUCUGUCGACGCCUUGUUCCCGGACCCCAUUGCUGAGCCUAAGAAGGCCAUGUCCGCUGAUAAGCUCGCCGAACUCGCCGUCAUUGAUCCCAAGAGAGCCAAAAGAAUAAUGGCAAACCGGCAGUCUGCAGCUCGCUCAAAAGAAAGGAAGGCACGGUACAUUGCAGAACUCCAGCGAAGAGUUCAAAUUCUUCAAAUUGAAGCCACAACUCUUUCUGCACAGCUUGCAUUAUUCCAGAGAGAUACAAGUGGUCUGACAACAGAGAACGAGGAACUACGGUUGCAGUUACAGGCUAUGGAGCAGCAAUCUCAAUUAUGUGAUGCGAUGAAUGAAGCCCUGAAACAAGAAGUCGAUAGACUAAGGAUAGCCACAGGAGAGAUGCCAAAGCACGGGGAAACUUAUACGACGAGAGAAUUUCAAAACAACCCAUAUAAUCAACCAUUCUCCACACUUUCUCAACAAGAAGCAGGACUUUUUCAUAACCAAAACUUACAGUCGAACAUUGCCGUCGAUCAUCAGCUGCCAACAAACCCCCAUGAUUUCUUGGAUAUAAUGCAAGAUGAUCACUUUGAAAUUCUCAUUGGAUCCGAAGAAAUCGGCAAAGCCUCAUUCUUUAUUAAAUCAGAGAGCUGUUCACUCUCUGCAAGUGAGAGCAGCAGCAACUUCUAAAUGGCUACACAUGUAUUAUAACUUUUCUUUUGUUUAUAUGUAUAUCAGUGACAUUAU